ACUCCGUCAAAAAGCUCCAGUCUUUGUCCUCCGCUUAGCUUCGCAUACCCUCGAGCUCGACCCGCAUCGUCUCUUUCAAACGCUGGACUUACGCGAGAGACAAAAUAUAGUAAUUUUUUUUUUAAACAAGUAAGAAACUAGAGAAGCAAUGGGCAUUUGCCACUCGAGUGAGUCCGCGAGUGUCGUCGCGGACACCGCGAAGCUGAUUCUCCACGACGGCCGCCUCCAGGAGUUCGCUCACCCUGUUCGGGUCUCGCGCGUGCUGCAGAGCUGCUGCGACCCCGCGUGCUUCAUCUGCAACUCCGACGACAUGGGCUUCGACGGCCCCGUCUCCGCCCUCGACGGCGACGAGGAGCUCUGGGCCGGGAAGCUCUACUUCGCCCUCCCGCUGAGCAGGUUGAAGCGGCCGCUGGAGGCGAAGGAGAUGGCCGCGUUGGCCGUCAAGGCCAGCUUGGCGAUGAAGGGGAAGGGCCGCGGACGGAAAUGCGGGAGGGUGCCGGCGGCCUCCUCCGGCGAGGAGGGGAGGUACCCGGCGGAGGUGGGCGGUUGCGGUGGCAGUGGUAACGGUGGGUCGGUGAAACGACGGGGUGGCGGUGGCCGUAGGGGGAGGAGGAAUAGCGUGGCGAUUUUGAGCGCAAUUCCUGAGUAGGGGUAGUUUGGGAAAUUCGCAUGGGACAUUUUGCAUUUGUAAAUA